AUGAAAAUCAGAGACAAAAUCCACUUACAACCGGUUAUGUCAAAAGACCUGCUGCUUUUCCAGUAUCUAUCCGAUCAGGUGAUUCUGGAGAUCCAGGGUUCCGGGUCCGAGUCCCUCCUCAACGUGUUGCUGACUCCGGAUAUCUCCGUGGAAGAAUCUAAUGACAUCUCCAGUGUGGUUUUCACAGAAGUACUCAUGGCCUUUGAAGAAGGGAAGGUAGACGCUGAUCAUAUCAUCUCCUUCUUGCAGCUUGCCAUCACCGAUGAUGAAAAGGCUGCAGUGUUUGCCCAGGUCUUUGAUGUAUUUCCCUUGACUGAGCCAUUGGGCCAACUUCUAUCUAAGAUCUCAGAAACUAACACCAUCCAGCCCACCACCUAUGCCCAAUACAUUGAUCUGGAGUCAUUGAUCCUGGCGGGUAUAGUUCCUAAAGACUCGCUCUUUAAGCAGUUGAAUAUGCAUAAAAGAGAUGAAUUCUACACUCAGAAAAAGUUCAAUUUAAUACAUGAGGAGUUUGAAGGUUUCUCCAAGUUGGUGAACGAGUUUUACUUCAUCAUGAAAAACCCUCAUAAUGAGUUGGAGAUCGACUAUGCUGUCAAUGUUGUGGAGCUGAUGAUUGGACACUACCAGUUGGAUCCCACUCGAGUGCUUGAUGUUCUCUUGGACAUCUUCAGCAACAGCAUAGUGGGAAACCACCGCUUCAUGAUCAGCUUCUUGAAAUCGUCCAGGUGGUGGCCCUCUACUACCGCUGAUUGCAUCUCUGGUAUGGACUCCUUGAGUGUUGGUGGCAGUGAUCUGGCGUCGAAGCUAUUAGCACUCAAGCUUGUCAAGUACCCGAACGAUCGUGAGUUUUCCGAGACUUUUAAAAUCAUGCUUUCAAUUCUAAUCAAGGAAGGUUUUGUAAGCUUUGGAUCACUCUACAAGUAUCUUACGCGACCUGGCUAUUCGAUGGAAGAGUUGGAGAAGAAAUACAAGGCAGAGUUGGAACUCCAGGUGUUUCGUGCUAGUGCAAGUGCCUUGGCUUUAGCUGCCCCACUUGUGGAUGACGAAGUUGAAAAUGGUACGUCCACAAGCGCUUCAACUUCUGAAAAAAGCAAGGCUGCUCCUGUCACUCUAGACUCGAUGCUAAAGAAUAACCUUGAAUAUCAGCUCUUAAAGGCAUUCUUGGGUAACGGUCUUUACUGGCCAGCCAUCUAUAUCCUUUCCAUUCACCCAUUCCUCGCAUAUGUGGAGGAUGAAGUUCAGGAACUCAUGACUCGUUUGUUGGGAGCCAUCCUUGAUCCCUUCUACAAACAGAUUUCGCCUUUCUCCGCCUCAGAAUUCGCUGCAUUCCAACAGGAGAAGCAAAUAGCAUUCUCUCGCCCUCUUAACAAAGUUGGUUUGGAGGAGCCUGCAAGCUCGCGGUUGUAUUGUUUCAAGCCGACAGCUAGAGCCUUCAGCAAUAAGAAAUUGACGUACUGUUAUACAGAAUGGGACUCUGAGAUCCCGGUUGUUAAGAACACUGAUAACUUGAUAUCCAUCUCUCAGCAGUUCCUCAAGUUCCUAGGUGUCUAUAUUGCCAGCAAUCUUGAGGUCUUUCAAAAGAUCUGUGAGAUUGUGGUCUUUGCAUUGAAGUCAGAUCACAGUAACGACAAUAAGCAAAAGUGGUUCAACUAUUACAGAAAUUACUUGCUCCCAGCAGUCUGUGCUAUUGAUGACAACCCGAUUCCAAUCCACAAAGCAUACGAAAUUCUCAAGUUUUUUGAUGUUGAGGAUCGCUACAACCUAUAUGGAGAGCUCUACCAAGUGCUCUCCAAGAAUAAUCCCCAUGUCAAAAUAUACUGUGGCAAGGCUGAGAAAGCAACCAAGGAUAUGCUCAAGAGACUUUCAAAGGAGAAUGUGAAGCAGAUCAUGCGUAAAUUGGCUAAGAUCAGUUUUGCCAACCCACUUCCGUGUUUCUUGACUAUUUUGCAACAAAUCGAAAGUUAUGACAACCUCAAUUCUCUUGUUGUGGAGACGGCUAGUUUCUUCAAUGAAUAUGGCUGGGAUAACUUGACCUUGGCAAUUCUUAUGAGACUUACUGCAUCGGGCAGAUCGAAUAUUCAGGCUGAUGGCUUGAACGAACGACAAUGGAUUCAAUCUCUAGCAUCUUUCAUUGGAAAGAUCUGCCUGAGAUAUCCAGAACAUGUUGAUUUGUCGACUCUUUUACUGUAUUUGCUUAAGUCAUUCCAUUCGAAUGAAAUUGCUGGUUUGAUUGUCUUGAAGGAAGUUUUGAGCUCCAUGGGAGGUAUUCAGGCCAUCACUAACUUGACGCCGCUUCAAAUCAAUAUGAUAAACUGUGGAUCAUCGAUGGAGAAAAUUGUUUAUUCAACAAUUGGCGACGAGAGAUAUGAGAAAGGUAAAUCAGGUUCAACGUUAUGCCAAAAUCUUUACAGUAUAGAUGCAGUGAAUGAGUUUCUUGUAUUGCUUUGUCGGGCUAACAGAAACAUCAUCUCUGGUGAUGACUUUUCGCAUUUGAAGGUAUUGGCAAACAAAAAUGAUGAAAUCGAUGCUGUUAGUCAUUUGUUGUGUACUUUAGUGAGUUUUUUCGGGGAUAAGAACUCCUCCAGUCACUUGCUACCACUUGGAUCGUUGGUCGGCAAGUACAAAGUUCCUAUUCCCUGGGCAUUCGAAUUAUGGAGGGAGUACUUGGAUCAAAACCAGCUCUCACAAGUUGAGGGUUCUUUGCUGGAAUCCUUACCUGGUUUUUUCACUGAACUAACCUCAAACUUGUUUGCAACUUUCUGGAAAUUGAAGUUGUAUGACCUCAAUUACUCUAGUUCGUUGUAUGACUCGGAACUUGAAAAGUUGCAAGCAAAGGUAGCAAGCUUAAAAGAAAAUAUCUCCUUCUCGAGAAGAGACAAAGAUGUUACUAAAGAAGUCAUUGAGCGUUUGAAGAGCGACCUCCUGAGAACGGAAAAGCUUAUCAAGGAUAUACCUGGACAGAAGACCGUGCACAUAGAACAUGAGAAGAGAAUUAUUGAAGAAGUUUCUGGUGUUUCUAAAAGCUGGAUUAAGAGAGAAAGUUCGCCCUUGGCCACAAGAAAAUUGGUUGAAGCAUGUGUUUUGCCUAGAGCCGUUCAUUCCUCAUUCGACGCAUUGUUCAGUGCUAGAUUCUUAUUUUUUUUGCGAGAGUUGCGUACUCCUAAUUAUUCUGUUAUUGGUGCUUUAUCCAUCAUCUUUAGCAAAAGACUAUUGUUUGGAACUCUUUUCACUUGCACACCUACCGAAGCUGAAAAUUUGGGAUUAUUUGUGUCGGAAAUUCUCAAGGUAUUGAACUCUUGGACAGAUGAAGAUACCUUCAAGAAACAAGUUGAAGUUUCUCCCCUUGUUGAUGACAAUUUGGAAACGAUAAACUUCUCCUCUUUCCGCAGCUAUGUCUACAAUUUCCAUGGUAGCAUUCUUGAAGAUAUUUCAGAAGCAUUACAUGUCACUGAGUACAUGUCCAGAAGAAAUGCUAUUACCUUCUUGAAAAACUUGUUAGGAAUCUACCCUACUGUGGAAGAUCACUGUGAAGCUGUCAUUGAAUUGAUUACAAAUAUAUCCCAAAGAGAAAAACGUGAUGACUUGAAGCUCUCUUCCAGCGCUUUGAUUGGUCAUGUCAAGUCACGUUCAAGCACUUGGGUCCAUGUCUGGGAUUUCAUUGACUUACCAGAGAAAGAGAAGGCUGAACACAUUGCUCGCCGUGAGAAGAUUGAUCAACUGCGACACAAGGCUGCAGAAGCUGCCAAGCAGGCCGCACUAAAGAGACAAGAAGAAGAAAGAAGAAUGCAACAGGAAGAAAGAAGACAGCAGGAGGAAGCUGAGAGGAAGAAAGAACAAGAGAGAAUCGCAAAGCUCGAAAAGGAACGAGUUGCUCAGCAUCAGCAAGCUUCGGCCAAUGCCUUGAAUUACAGCGAAUCUUCUGUUAAAUCUGAUAGGUCGUCAGUUCGUGGACUGGAGUCAAGCACUCGUGGCAGAUACGAUCAGUAUUCCCAGAAGGGGCCAGCAAAGGAGCAGCUCAAACCCCUGAGUUCCUCACUGAAAGAUUUUAAACCUCCCACUGCACCAAGAAGUGGCACAACCUCUACUACACCAACGCCAGCUCCUUCCAAGGGCCCAGAUGCUUCUCGCAAGCCCGCUGAACCUGCUAACCAAAAGCAGGCAACGACACGAGCUGAAAGCUCAAAGAUUGUCAACACUAAUGCUUUAAAAGCGAAGCUCCAAGAAGCGAAACAGGCGAGUGGUAGAGGUACUCCUUCAGCACCCUCAGUUCCGCAUGGCCCUUCUGGAUCGUCUACUCCAUCGAGUCAUUCGAGACCUGCUACUCCUUCGAAUACUUCUGCCAGAAAUACAGGACCGAGUGGCCCAAGAGUUACUGGCCCAGCAGGGUCAGGAAUCCCAAGGCCAACUACUCCAUCUGGACAGAAGAAUACGACGCGCCCCGUUGAAAAUGCUAGAACCAGAGCUGCUUCCACAACUACUUCGUCAUCUUCUGCCUCAGCUCCUUUAGCACCAUCGGCACCAGCAGCAUCUAGGUCACAAGCAGCAAAUGCAAGACGGGCUCCAUUACCACCUCAGCAAGCUCCGCGAGACGCAAGAUCCAAUUUUAAAAGUGAUCAUGGACGUUACAAUACCUACCGGGGAAACCAUAGUUCUGGACCCCUGGUCCCAGCCUCAUCUGCUCCGUUGCCUCCACCCAAAUUACCUCCUCCAGUCCCACCUCCAUCUGGCCCACCUCCUAAAAGUGAUAAUGGACCUCGUGACGCAAAACGAAGAUACAACCAACCACGGGGACGUGAGUACGAUAAGAGACAGAGAUAUUAA